AUUUACUUCCAUACCUGUGCUACCAGCUUCCGGCCUGUGUGUCACCUGGAGUCACUGUGGUCAUCUCUCCACUCAAAUCUCUCAUUGUGAACCAGGUCCAGAAACUCACUACACUGGAUAAACCAGCGACGAGCCUCUCUGGUAGUAAAAGUGACAGCGAAGCAGGGAGAAUUUAUAUGCAGCUCUCUCGGAAAGACCCCAUCAUUAAACUUCUCUAUGUCACUCCGGAAAAGGUGAGUGCAAGUCAGAAGCUGAUCUCCGCCAUGCAGAACCUGUACGAGCGCGGCCUUCUGGUGCGCUUUGUCAUAGAUGAAGCCCAUUGUGUCAGUCAGUGGGGUCACGAUUUUUGUCUGGACUACAAGAGGCUACAUGAACUGCGGCAGAAGUUCCCGAGUGUGCCCAUGAUGGCCCUGACAGCCACCGCCACCCCGUGGGUUCAGAAGGACAUCCUGAACCAGCUCAACAUGACCCGGCCACAGGUGUUCACCAUGAGCUUCAACAGAACAAACCUGAAGUACGCUGUCCUGCCCAAGAAACCCAAGAAGGUUGCAGAGGACUGCAUCGACUGGAUUAAGAAGCACUACCCGCGUGACUCCGGCAUCAUCGACUGCCUGUCCCGUAACGACUGUGAUGCCAUGGCUGAAGGUCUGCAGAGAGCUCACAUAUCCGCUCUGUCGUAUCACGCGGGCCUGAGUGACGGCGACCAAGAAUAUGUGUAGAGCAAGUGGAUCAACUAGGACGGC